AUGGCGAACGUUCAGGUAAAGGACAUGCUAAAAGAUGAACGAAAAAGGAAUUAUGUUUCAUGUAAGAUCGCUCUUGAUAAAACAGGCGAGGCCGUGUUGCCUUUUACGGAGGACAAGCUCAAGGAUUUACAUCAGCAAAUUUCACUACAGGUUGGAAAUCAGCCUAUUUGUCAACAACGAUGCAGUAAGGUUAUGCGAGAUGUCAACAGAUGGUGCAUCACUUGUGGCUUGUGGAAACAAGCGUUGUUUGGAUUUCAUACCAAUCCAAGAGAACUGGUAUGGCACAAGCUUCAAUCAUGGGAUUGGCCAAAACAUCACAUGAACCUAGUUGAAGUAUUUAUGCUGCAAAAUUGGGAUAAAGCUAACAUGGAUGCAAGUGAUUUAUCAGUGGCGUUAACCGUGUGGAAAAAGUGUUCAGUCUUUCCUGCCACAAUAUUGCCUUUGGCUGACAAACUUCGGAAAAGCAGGAACAAGAUAGCUCACACAACAUCACUCGAUGAAAAUGACAAACAAAUUGUAUUUUAUAACAUAAAACAGGUUAUUCAACACGCAGAUGUGGUCUACUACUUUCAGAAUCCCCUCGAGAUACAAAACCUUAUCACCGACCUUGAAAAAGGUGACCUUUUUAAAUUUGAAAACGAGUUGAAUGAUAUAGUGAACAACACACAUGAACUGGAAAAGAGACUACUAACUGUUGCUACAAAGCUCAAAAAACCAUGUGGCCAGCAGCACUCGCCCGUACCCAGCGGCAGCCCUAUCUGUGGCAGCAUCGAGGAAGUCGUGGGGCCGCGCCCAACCGCCAGUGCCAGCGGCGCCUGCCACCCAUCUUCCGGUCUACGGCACUUCAAGCCAUCAAAGCACAGUCAUGAAGAGGGGCACUACUCGCGGCACCCGGUCAAGUAG